GGCCCCUGACUCGUUUAAUUAUACCACACCACCACUUGCAAAGCCAUUUAGGCGUAAUAGCUUCUAAGUUCUACACUUGCAGUUUGCAUUUCCUCAGCUCUUUCUUUUCUAAUCAAUUUGAAUAUCUCUCUUGUCCAAAUGGCUUCUUUGCUAGCUGAAAACUGGUCAUGCAUGAACAACAACAUGGACAUGAAUGAUCACUUAUUUCCCGGAGCAGCUGGAGCUGGAACCUCAUCAAACAUGAGCAAUGCCCUGCUCAUGUCCUUGUUGGAAGAAACACAAGGCGAUCAGGAUCACGACGAAGAGCGAUUGCGCAGCCUAAUCCGUGCUCUAGAAGUAGAACUGGACCCUACUACUAGUGAAGAUCAUGAAAUUUUCAUGGAAAAUCCUCAUCAAUUUGGUGGCAUUAGUCAAGAGGAUUUUCAGCCAUUGGAUGUGGGAUAUGUGAGCGGUGGUGAUUUCCCUGGAACAGAUGCAGCUGGGUUCGGUUGGAUUGAUAUGGAAAUAGGGUCUUCUUCUCAGGAGGGUACUGGUGAAUCAGUUGACUGGUACAUGGAUUCUUGUCUUGAUGAUGAGAUCGAUUGCUUGUCUAGUAAUUUUGGAGGGUCUACGACCACUCCCUUUGAGGAAAAUGGGUUUCAGAAUUUGUGGCAGGAAACAUAUAUUAAUACAAGGAUGAAUGUAUAGUUGAGGCUUUAUAUAUUAAUUAGCACGUAACAUUUUAUUUGCAAA